UUAUUCUGCUUCCACACAAAGUAAAUCAGAUCUCAACAUGAAGCUGCUGCCGAUAGCAUUGGCCCUGAUCGUGGCCCUGACAGGACUCGUGGGCUGGACCAGCGCUAUGCCUGACCCUGACCCGGUGGCUGACCCUGACCCGGUUCCUGACCCGUCAGGAUUCUUUGGCGGGGGUCGUGGCUAUGGAUCCGGCAGGGGUCACGGUGGUCACGGAUUUAGUAGGGGUUUCGGCUCCUUCGGCGGGGGUGGUCACGGCUUCAGCAGGGGUUUCGGUUCCUUUGGCAGGGGGGGCUUCGGUAGGGGCAGGGGCGGCUACUGGUAAAAAGCCCGUCAACUACAUUUGUAUUGUCCCAGAAGAAAACAAUUUGAUAUCAAGAUAAAAUCAGACAUUCUGGCUUUCCGGUUCUUCCUGUUAUGAUGUGAAAUAAAUCUGUUGCAUUUC